AUGUUUUCAUUGAAAAUCAAUUGUUAUUUUGAUGAAAAUCAAGGGCCGGCAAAAAUAAUUAUUGAUAAACCACCGAUGCAGUUAAAAAAAAGUAAAAUAAACGUUUGUGAUCACAAAAUUUCAAAAAUUCAUCUUCCUCACAAUAAGGAAAAUGUAAUACAUCAACCAGAACAUUUACCGCGCAAAACUGUUUUCAAGGAUAUGUUAAAUAAUUAUCAUCCAUGUUUCAAUCCAACAAAAUCAAAUUUCAAACCAAAAAUACUUAAAACUAAUAUCAAGUCAAAACUACGAUGUUUAAGGGUUUAUCAUCCUCCUCGAAAAAGGAUUAUGAACAAAUGUAAAGAAAAAUUAGAAAAAACUGGGCAUUUAUGUGAUUUUGUAAAUAAAACGACGAUUUGUAAAUGUAAAAAUAAAAAAAUGGGGACUUUUGAUAACAAUAAAUUAUAUAUAAAAAAAGAUGCAGAACACGUUCAAACAUCGAGUAGGGAUUCGGCAUAUAAUGGAGGAAUAUCAUCCCUUCCAGAGAGUAGAAGUGUCACUCCUGAUUCCAGACCAAAAAAAAAUGUUGUUUCUUAUUCUAUUGAAAUACCCAACGAUGAUAAUAAAACUGGUCCCGCCGAUAAUUCAGAUAUAAACGAAUACGUUGAAGAAGAUAUUAAAAAUCCACAAAAUUCUGAAAUGAGUUCGAGUAGUAGAAAUGAUACUCCAAGGGAUAACGAAACUAAAACUCUUCGUAUUUAUCAUAAAUCAAAGGAUGAAGAAAAUGAAAAAAUGAGGUAG